AUGUCAGAAGAGGAGAGAAUCGCUCAGUUGAGUGAUAGACUAGGGAUACCGCUGGACCCAGAGUUGAUAAUUCAAAGCCACACACCAUACACACAGCUCGUGAGAGGUAAACAUGAUCAGAAACCGCUGGAAAAUAAGACUGUUUUAGUGGUCGGUGGAGACGGUGAUAAGUGCCGGGAUGUUGCCAAACAGUAUGGGUUUAAGUCCAUGCUAACACCUGGUGACAUAUUUAUGGCCCAUCCAUCCAUUUGGCCAUUCUCUUCGGCUUUUUCACAUUAUUAUAAAGGGAUCACGAAGCCUCUCACCAACUCGAUAGAUCCUAUUGAUCCUUCAAAGGGUCUCAAGAUCGAUGCAAUCCUCGUUUUCAAUGACCCACGAGAUUGGGCGCUUGAUAUCCAGAUCAUUAUCGAUCUUUUACUCUCACGAGAGGGCAUUGUCGGGACAAUAUCGGACAAGAACAAUAGGGAUGACCUUCCAAAUCGUGGUUAUCAGCAAGACGGCCAACCGGCCCUAUAUUUCUCCAAUCCUGACCUACUCUGGGCAGCUGGUUACCAUCAACCUCGUCUCGGCCAGGGAGGCUUUUGUGCAGCCCUUGAAGGUGUUUGGUCUGCAAUGACGGGCGGAUCUGAAUCCGGCGUGGCACUGCUGAAGACUAUGAUUGGAAAACCACAUAAGUUGACUUACGACUUUGCCGAGCAAAGGUUGAUAGAACUAAGGAAUAAGCGUUUCCAAACGGAUGUUCCAGCUCCCUUGGAGACGAUCUAUAUGAUUGGUGACAAUCCAGAAUCUGAUAUCAGGGGCGCCCAUUCAUACAUCAGCUCUACUAAUGUGAAUUGGGUCCCCGUGCUAGUAAGGAGUGGAGUGUACACAGGUGGAACGCCUACCUGGACUCCCAAGACUAUAGUUGAUGGGGUUGGAGAAGCUGUCAGUUGGUCUCUAGCUCAGUCGAAUUGGAAACAACAUCUCUCGGAUAGAUAA